CAUGCCAGAUAAGCAUGAGUGCCACUGAGGCUGGGCCACUUUGUGGUAAUGAUACGGUAAAACAAGAAACGGACUCAAAAGAGAAAGUAUAAAUGUGGGUGGGGACCGAAGAGGUGCCAAUGGCGUUGACAGCCGAGAGAGAAUUUGACCUGAGUUUUCUCAGCAGGGAGGAGGCACAGUCUGUGCUCAAGGUGCUGGAGAGAGACAGGCAUCUGAGGAUGAUCGAGGUGGAGAGAGUGGGAAGGAUGUUUCCGGUGAGAGAUGUUGGGCUGGGGAUGAAGAGUGCGUCUCCUAAGCGGGCUCAGGCUGUAUGGAGCACCUCACUCUCGCCCCACUGCCGCCCCCUCCUGUGGAGGCAAACCCACUACCUCUGAAGGAUUCCUCCAGACCCAGCACACAGACACACACAGAAAGCUGUGCCGGCAAAGCUGGAGAUUUGUCAGCAGGAGUCCAGAGGUGGCCAACCCUACGCUCUCGUAUCUCCUCGCUGCUAAGCAUCAGAUUUUUGCAGCGCAGCAGCAGCAAAUACAGGGAAGCAAGCAACAGCAGCAAGGACACACCCAUAAACAUAAUAGAAAUGAAUAUCAGUAACAGCAAUACAGACAUGGGCAGCGACAGAUACAGUGACACAAGCAAAAGCAGCAGAGACACGGACAUCAGCAGCAGGAAUAGAGACAUGGACAUCAGCAGCAGGAAUAGAGACAUCAGCAGCAGGAAUAGAGACAUGGACAUCAGCAGCAGCAUCAGCAGCAGGAAUAGAGACAUGGACAUCAGCAGCAGGAAUAGAGACAUCAGCAGCAGGAAUAGAGACAUGGACAUCAGCAGCAGAAAUGCAAGCAUCAAUAGCAGCAGCAGCAGACCUUUGCAGGUUAAUGACCAUGGUGUUUCCACUGAAAAGACACAAAUGAUGUGGAGACGGUCAGAGAAUGACGAACAAACAGAACAGGCAGAUAAACAAAGAGGAUUGCCUCUUCAAACAAUUCCUCUGAAAGCAGAGACACCAACAGAUCUACACAAAGUGCUACACAACAGGCAGUUCCCACAUGUUCCUAAACCCAUCAACUCAGCGCAUUCAAGUCCAGCCAGCCUCCAAACACAGACAGAGGCUUCACCAGCUGAGAUGGGUACGUGGCGAGAACCAACGUUACCAUCAGAGGGGACGAGCUACAAGCCCUCAUCACAGCAGGACACACACAAAGUGGAACUCAGCAUCCAACUUGGCACAGUGAGCAAAUCUGAAGGAUGCGUGUCAGAGCAGCAAAGGAUCGUGGGACACAAAACAACAACAGACCAAGUGCAAUGCAAGGCUUCUGCAUGUUACAAAACAGAGUUCAGGGACAAAGACAGAUCCAUGCCUGACACCUGGAUACCUGGGCCAGGUGAGAAGGAAAGCCCCCGUCCCAAUGUAACUCAUACCAUUGAAGUAUCACGUAACUCCACAAAAGAUGGUCCAAGCACAACUGAUGAGAAUAAAGACUCACAUGAACCUAUUCUGUCCAUCCCUCUUUAUAAAACCCACACAUUGAGGUUGGAGAAAAAUGAUAAAAGUGAAGUCAUCAAACACACUCCUGGUGGUGCAGAAACAGAAAAUUAUUCUCAUCACUUUUCUAAUAGGAACAAAACAACUAAUACAUCUGGCCUUUCUCCUAUAUGGUUACAAACAGAUUACAAUGUCUCAGAAAUACACUGUGAUGAUCUUUUAAACACACAGGAGUCAGUGUCCACUAGACAAGAGGCCCCUGUGGCUGCUCCCAGAAGUCCAAAUCAAAAUGAUAUUAACAAAUUAUUCACAGAGAAGAGUAUCUUUAGAGCUUCAAAUAAGCAAGUAACGUCCACAGCCUCUCAGUCAUCCAAGACUGUAGAAACAAGUUUGGACUACCCAAAAAGGGCAAACGGUUUUGCCACAGACAUCUCACUUGGCAUGGAUCUGGUUGGAUCGGCACGGGCACCCUCGGCUAGCCAUAGUCAGAAAAUCAUGGCCUGGAGGACCCACCUCUCACGCAGACACUCCUCCUCAGCGCAGGAACAUUCUCCCUUACCGAGGAACCAGGGUGCUGGUACAAACCACCAGCAUGCUGUGCCCAGACUCAACUCCUACCCAGCUGCCGUUGGCUCCUUGCGCCCUCCCAUGGCCAGCUACUACUCCUCUGAAACUCCUCUGGUGAAAGCCAAGUCAUGUGAGAGACUGCUUCAGAAGGCAGCGAGUGUAGAUUCUCCUAUUUGCCUUUCUCAGCCUGUUUCUAACAUGAGAUCUAUGUCCUCCUCAGAGAGAAUUAAUAUCUUAGCGAAGCACCAUGCCCAAGGACUUAAACCAGGAAGAGACUGUUGUGAGUUAAACGUACCUCAGCUACCUCAUAACCAAACAAGAGGGAGAAGUUAUUCUACUCAUGAAAUUAAUUCAUUACAGUAUUCACAAAUCCCCUUGUGUCACAGUGGCGCAGAUAACUCCCAGCUUCUGCGUGAACACAGAUCAUUAACUAUAAGCAACUUAACAUUACCAAAGUAUGGAUUAUCCAAAGAUAGAUAUCCUCACCAAUCGAAGUUCAGCGUUUUCUCAUCUGGCCGCUUAGGACAAUCACAACCUGCUCCAGACAAAGGAAAUAUCGGAGGAUGCAACCAACAAUACUCAAAAUUCAGAUCCCAAGGUAACUUAAGUAGAGAAUCAUUAUAUAAAGGUCAUUCAUUAGAUAUGGUCAGUUUCAAGGCAGACCCAGUUCCAAACAAAAAGAAGAGGAAUUAUCCAUCUGACAUGUGUCAGGCUGGCCAGUUUAAUCACCAGGAGGACCAUAAUGGAAGGUCAGAGAUAGAUCGCACAGACAUCCCAUAUAAUAAACACUGGCUUAGUCCCUCAUACUGCAAGGGAAAAGGGAGCAAAAGGUGGUCAUCAGUCUCAGAGCUGAGAAACCCUGAAGGCCACUACAGGACACAGAAGCAUCAGACUUUGUUUAGUCAGCAACAGACCUUCCCAAAGCCAAGUAAGCUUUUGUUAGAUUCUACAGGUAGCCAGAUGAGCUUAGACUGGAGUUCCGAGAGCACAGACGAUGACAUCUUCUCCACUUCACCUGGGCAGUGCAGACAGGCAAGUCCCCCGAACUACUUCACUGCAUAUGACAAGGGACUAAAACCACAUCACAAAUCUUCAUGUAAUGUUUAUCAAUCCACUGGUGGCCGAGCAAAUGUGUACUCUUCUAGGAGCUUUGAUUUGUCACAUGGUCGAUCUGUCUCUGUGUCCAAUGUCUCCUCGAAUAGAACUGCAGGUCUUCGACGGAUAUCCACGGGAAGCAGGACCACUACUCUUUCAGAUCUCAGGGACUGUGAGGACUUUGAUGAUGCUAUCUCACCCAAACCCAGAACUCUCUCCUGCACUUUGGAUCAGACUGUGUCCAGUGGACCAGUUCAGAGACUUUCAACCACUGGUUACCUUUGGCGUGGUGAUAGCCUUGCUUCGUCCAGCGGUUCCUUACUUUCACCUAGUCAAGUGUGUCUUGACAGCCUGUUUCCCUCGGGCAACUACUACCUUACUUAUAUAGAGUCAGAGGACAGUGAUUCAGACACACUCUCUGAGGGUGAAUAUUGGCUGUAUGGCUCAGGUGAGGACUUAGAGUCUUCACUGUAGUGAUCAAGAACAUUUUGAUUGUUUAGCCUGUAUGGCAUAAAUGCAUUAGCCUAAUCAUUUUCAACUGUUAUUCAACCUCAUAAAUGUUUCUUUUGUGCAAUGUUAGUGAACAACAAUUAUACAGAUUAGGCCAAAGGCCUUCAUGCUUUCUGCAAUGACAAUCUUAUGACAGUAGAUGUCCCUAAAGAGCAUAACACAAAUACUGAACAUUCAUGAGAUUAUUUUUUAACUUAGUCUUAAUUCCCUUCAUUCAGUUUUCCCCUUGAUGUUGUCAUUAUGGAUAUUUGAUUAAUGGUGGUUUCUGUGAAAUAUUAUUUGGUAAGACUAGGACUACUUUAUUAAAACCCUUUUCCCCUUCA